CUGUCGUUCACAAAAGAAAUAGAUGAGAGCGGAAUAAUGACUGGACCAGAGGUAACACUUCUGCUUUUCAGGCCUUAAGUACCCUCAACCCUGGUGAAGAUGGACACAACAGACUUGACCCUGAGCUGAGCAGCCUGCAGAGAAGAGAGAGAGUUGAUUUAUCUAUUUAUUGAACUUUUAUUGAACCAUUUGAGUCUCUGGCAUUUAGGGUAAAGAUGGUGACCUGUGGAACUCUGGUGAAGAUCUGGACAUUAGCCGUCGUCAUAGCAGCACUGGGCUGUACUGGGACAGAUGGAGAAAAGCUGGUGUCGUGCUGUAAGACAGUGUCUAGGACAGAGGUGAACGAUCCCAUCACAGGCUACUGGAUUCAGAACUAUAACGCUCCUUGUGUACGGGCCGUCAUCUUUGAGACAGAGAAGGGUCUGUUCUGUAGUUACCAUAAACAACCCUGGGUACGCCGCAAGAUUCAGCAGUUUGAAAUGGCCCGUCUGAGCUCAACAUUUCUCUCGCUCUCCACCUCCACCCCUACCACUACCUCCUUACCCUCCUCUCCACCCUCCAUCAACUCCUCUCCUCCCUCUCUCACUUCCACCACUACCUCCUUACCCUCCUCUCCUUCCUAUCUCCUCUCCUCUCUUUUACCUGCCUCCUCCUCUCCUCCCUCUAUCUCUUCCUCUCGUCCCUCUUUCUCCUCCCCCCGUCAUCGGGAAUCGACCAAGAAUGCCUCAACUCAGCAGUCAACAUCCAACCAAUAGAGUCAUUGCCAAUGGCUGAAGCUCCUCUGAUGUUCAAACCUUCCAAUAUGCAUAUUACAUUCAUAUUGAAUAUCUUAUUCAUAUGGAUGUUUUUUAUAGUCUGAUUAUCUAGUUAUACUUGAACUCAGUUGCCAUAAUCAUGUUCAAUGGGUUGUUAGAGUUUUUAUGAAUUACAUUUAAGACCAGUAUUGUAUGUGCCCAUUUUUUUAUUUAUUCAAGUACUUAAGCUUGUAGAACAUUUUUGAUGUUUAGAUGAAUAGGUUCAUAUUUGGCUGUUUGUAAUUCAUCAUGUCAAUGAGUUAUCAAUGUUAUUUAAUAAAUUUAUUUAUUUAUUAAGUACUUAUA